UGAGGGGCGGGGAGAGGAGUAAUCUCAUGGCUGGCGGUGGUGGAAGAGGAGCUGUUGAUCGGCAGGGAGAUCGAGCGAGGGACGGGGAGGCAUUGGGGCCUGUCGUCUCCCGCAUUCUAAGCUGUGCUGAAUGACAGAACCAUCGUUACUUGAAUAGUCAUCACUGCCACAUUCACGGCACCAGGUACCUAGAGAUGUGAUGGCUAUGGUCCUACAGUCUGAAGGAUAAUGGCAUCCAGCCAGUUGAGUAAGACUUCAGAGGCCACCACCAACAACAGCGAUGGGCAGGAAAAGACAAGAAAUCUGUCAGAUCAGCAGAUUCAUCUGGAACCUUUCACGUGGAUGUGCCCAGAUGGUUCCUUUGUGAAGAAGACUUUACAGGCUGGCAGUGGACUAGAUAAACCCAAAGAAGGGUCCUGGUGUCGUAUAUACGUUGGGGUGGACCCCACAAGCAGUUUUGAUUCAAAGAAGCAUUUUCCAGUUGGGAUCAAUGAGUCAGUGGAAGUGAUUCUUGGUGAAAGUGAUACGUGGUUCGGGGAAGUAAUUGAUAAAUGUGUUGAGACGAUGCUGCUGGGAGAGCAGUGUGAAGUCCUUCUGGCUCCAGGUUUGAGUGAGGCAGCUGAAGACCUUGCAGACAGACUGAAGUUCACUGUGAGAUUGGACAAGUUCACCAGCUGUAAAGACUCCUGGGAGAUGUCCUUUGAAGAAAAAUGGCAGGCAGCAAUGCGCCACAAAACUAAAGGUACCGAGCAUUUUAAAAACGGGAAUCUCUUUGGUGCCACACGGCGUUACGCAAAAUCGCUGAGGCUGCUGGUGUCAGUGAAAUAUGAAGUCCCUCCUGAGAAAGGUGAGGAGUACAUCAAAGUCAGGUGUGCAUUGUACUCAAACCUGGCUGCCUGCCAACUGAAGCGAAGCCAGUACAGGAACGUCAUCCAGAACUGCUCAAAGGCACUGGAGCUCGAGCCCGACUCUGUAAAGUGCCUGUACCGUCGGAGUCAGGCCUACACUUCCAUUAACGAGGUUGACAAAGCCCGAGGGGACUUGCAGAGGGUGCUGAAGCUGGAGCCAGGAAACACUGCCGCUGUGCAACAGCUGAGAAUUGUUACUCAACAAAUCAGAGCCCAAAAUGAAAAACUGGGCAAAGCAAUGAGUAAGUUAUUUACUUAGGGCUGGUGCGCAUUUGCACAAACUCCCUCUUUGUUAUAACUGUCUUAUUUAAGAAAUAGUUCCUGAAUACAGGAAGAUUUCACUUUUUUUGGAUCAGUAUGUAUUUAGAAAGGAUGUUUCUGUACUCUUGGGGUUAUAACCACUAUAACGUUGCUUUGCACAAAACCUCUGUUCAUUCCACAAUGUUAAUAAACUUUGGUGGGAAAUUGUUAAGUUAUUCAUCUGGUCUUCGAAGUAAAACAAACUAGCAAAUCUCUGGAGUGUGGAUUGGUUGGGGACUUGAAACACUGAUAAGAUUUAGCUGCUAAGUUGAGCUGUCACUCAUAGCUGUGAUGUUCCCUGCUUUAAGUGGUCUGGAUAGUCACCUGAGGCUAUACAGAGCUUAACUCAUGUUUACAUUUUGCAUUUUUGCCUUUGUGAAUUUGUGACUUGGGAGAAGAAACUUAUUUGGACAGCUUAACUGCAAUUGUGAUGUGUAGUGGUGAAUCCAAGUUCUUAAUUAAAUCCAGAUUACCAGUGAAAUUGCCUUGUGAAGUUCAAUGUUUCUGUGAAGAUUGUUCAUCAUUAUACAACAUGUUGAUAAAGUGUAGUAUCUCACACCAAUACAAGGUCUUAAUUACAACC